UAACCCCCGUCUGCCUCAGUCAUCAUGAAGGCAGCACUGAUCCUCCUGGCUCUCUCCCUCCUUCAUAUCUGCUCUUCUUUUCCCAUCAGACACCCCACAAACUGGCUCAGACAAUGUCGCGCCUCCACCGACCUCUCCAUCACAGCACUGGAGGUGCUGCCGGGCGGAGGCUGGGACAACCUCCGGAACAUGGACAUGGGUCGAGUCAUGAACCUCAGCUACUUCCAGUGCCAGACCACCGAGGACGGAUUCUACCUGAUCCCAGAUGAGGUGUUUGUCAUCCCGCACAAGGAGACGGGCGUGGAGACAAGCUCAGAGAUAAUCAGCUCCUGGCUGGAGCAGACAAGCUCUACAUCUCACUCCAUAAAUGUAGAGGUAUCAUUCCUUUCAAAGCUGAAUGCGAAAUUCUCUACAGAGAACAAGAGGAUGAAAACCCAUCAGGUCAAAGACUCUUCAACCACAACCAGAGUGCAAGUUCGUAACUUCAUCUACACAGUGAAGGCUUAUCCAGACUUCACUCUGGACACACGCUUUGCUCAACAAGCCAAAGAGAUCGCUGAUGCGAUUGAAAACAACCAAACAAGGAACGCAGACUAUCUCUCAGAGAAGAUGGUGCUGGACUACGGAACCCAUGUUAUCACUAGUGUUGAUGCCGGGGCUUCUUUGGUGCAGGAAGACUAUCUCCAUUCGUCAUAUGUGUCGGAUAGUUCGUCAGAAAGUUCCUCCGUCAAAGCUGAGGCAGGCUUAAGCUUUUUUGACAAACUCAAGUUUGACAUAAGCAGUGAAAACACCCAACAGAGCUCAUCACUCAAAGCGUAUCAGUCCAAUAUUACAUACUCUAUUACCCAGAGCCAUGGAGGCAUACCUUUCUAUCCUGGCAUCACUCUGCAGAAGUGGCAGGAAAGUACCAGGAACAACCUGAUUGCUAUUGAUCGGUCUGGAUUUCCCCUCCACUACUUUAUAAACACAAACACUUUCCCUGAUUUGCCGCAGCCUACAGUUGGCAAAGUGGCUGUUGCAUUGAGUCAGGCCAUAGAGCGAUACUACAGGGUCAACACACGGCCUGGAUGUGUCGACGUCAGCUCCAAGAACUUUAACUUCCAGGCCAACAUUGAUGAUUCCUCCUGCGAGGGCCCUGCUACAAACCUCAGUUUUGGUGGUGUCUAUCAAGUGUGUACUCCUCUCAGCUCAGAUGCAGGUCCACUAUGUGAUGCCCUGGCCCAGAAAAACCCUGACACAGGCGACUUCUCCUGUCGUUCACCUUAUUCGGCCACUUUACUCAGAUCAGAAGUGAGACAGCAGGGUUACACUCAGCACUUUUGCAUUUUUGAGGACUUCUGUUGGGACAGGUACCAUGUUCGCUCUGCUCGCAUUGACACUUACUGGUGCUCUCUAAAUGGAGAGGCCCAAGAAAACUCAGGGUUUCUGUUUGGAGGCAUAUACAGCCCCUCUCUCCCGAACCCCCUCACUAACGCCAAAAGCUGCCCCCCAAACUUCAUUCCAGUAAAAUUUCUCUCAGAUGGCCAAGUGAUCUGCGUGAGCAACGACUAUGAAACUGGCUCCAGAUUCUCAGUACCAUUCGGAGGUCUCUUCAGUUGUCAGUCAAACAACCCGCUGGCAGGGAAUCAACGUCGCUGUCCUCCUAUGUUCAGUCAGCACCUCGCUACAGUGAGCGAUGGCUGUGAAAUUCUUUACUGUGUCCAGUCAGGACUGUUCACAGGUGGGCAACUGCUUCCGAUCCAUCUGCCUCCUUUCACUAAACCUCCACUUGUCAGCAUGCAGGCCACAAACACGGUUAUGGUCAUGACUGAGGGAGACAAGAACUGGGUCAGAGUGGGGCAGACCAAGGCGUGGAAACUGGCAAAACCAGAGGACAUCAACAAGAUCAUACGUAGGACUAACCCAGAGUUGAAUCAGAUGACAGGUGGUGAAAAGGCAGGGGUAGCCUUUGGGGUAAUGGGUAUGAUGGUACUGGUCAUAGUGGCAGUAAUUGUGGUGAAGAGAAGGAGGAGGCUGUCUGGGUUUAUGACAGUGAGAGGCUAUGAAGAAAUACGUGAAGAGGUUGAGCGUGAUGAAGGAGAGAGGGAGACACAGCAAGGUGAGGUUUAGAGGCUUGGCACGCAGAGACGGAGGUUAAUCUGGUGUGACAGAUCAUCAUCCUUGUCUAUGUGUGCUUAUGAAACCAGUAAGUAACUCACACAGUCACAUUCCAUCACCUGCUAUUGAUGAGUGUAAUAGCUUUAGCAAUACAUCUAGGUCUACCUAUUUUCCCUGCAGUAUGUUGUGAACUUUAAGCUGUUUCUUAAAAUAAGUAAACAUUGUAAACUUUAUCAUCUUACGUUAAAUCUAAGAGAUAACAAUCUGCCUUCAAAUUCACCAAAUGGUACAAAGGAGAAGGCCACAGUGAGCCAACACUGCCCUCAUGAGGCCAGAAUGCACAAUGCCAUGUGUAUAAAUAAUUUUCUAUCCCAUUUAAGAACAUGAAUGCUUUGUAUAACUUUUUUGAACGUACCAUUAAUCUGUUUGUGUCCUUUACCUUUAAUGUUCAUGAAAUUAAAAUGAUUUAUAAAUGUAUGUCUAUUAAACUCUUCUGCACUGCACUUAUUAAAGUCAUGUAAAACAA